GUCUGUUGAUAUUGAGACGCCAGGUUCUCGAUGUCAAAACCGCAUGGGAAAUUUGGGACGUAUGAUGUUCCCACCGGCGACUCUUGGUUACACCAAAGGAUCUACCCUCACAAAGCUUCCCCCAAGCCAUCCCAUGCCGCGAGCCCCCGACCCCUUCGAACCUACGCCGCUACCAGCACUCCUCCUCCGGCAUCCUGCGAAGCUGGUCCUUUACUACUCCUACCGCUUCCUCAACUCCCUCCGGUCCCAACCCCUCCCUUCCGAGCCUCGCCUGCGCAUCGUCUGCAUAUCCGACACGCACAAUGGCAUCUCUGAAGACGUGCCCUCGGGCGACAUCCUCGUCCACGCGGGGGACAUGACGAACGUGGGGAGCAUCUCCGAGAUCCAGCGACAGGUGGACUGGCUGGCUAGCCUCCCCCACAAGGAGAUCGUUGUCAUUUCAGGGAACCACGACACGUAUCUGGAUCCGCGGACGAGGCCGUCACUGUCGGAGGACCAGCGGAAGGGCUCCGUAGACUGGAAGCGGGUGCACUAUCUGCAGCAUAGGAGACUGAGUCUGGCGGUCAGCGUUGGGCCUUCUGGUACGGAGUCGGAACGGUCGAGGCUGCUUUCCUCCGCGGCGCCACGUAGCAGACGUGUUUGUGUCUAUGGAGCGCCGCAGAUACCGGCUUGUGGGCCCAUGUCGGUGCAUGCUUUCCAGUACGAGAGAGGGACAGAUGCUUGGACGGAGACUGUACCGAAUGACACGGAUAUCCUCGUCACGCAUACGCCGCCGAAGUAUCAUCGAGACCUCCCGCUUCCCAGCGGUAUGGGGUGUGAGCAUCUGAUGGCCGAGGUUAAGCGGGUGAAGCCUGCGCUGCAUGUGUUUGGGCAUGUGCAUUGGGGAGCAGGCCAGGAAACCGUGCGGUGGGAUGGUUGUCAUGAUGCAUAUGUUGACGGCAUGAGCGUGACGACUGGAUGGACGGGUGGCUUGCUCAGUCCCAGGUUGCUGGCGAGCAUUGUGAGGGUUUGGUACCGAGGGCUGAGAGGCUUGAUCUGGGAUAGGGUCUGGGGAGGCCUAGCACCGUGUACAAGGCUGGUGAAUGCGGCGCAGAUGUAUGGGAAUACAGGAAAGCUGGGCAAUAGGGUGCAGGUGGUGGAGAUAUGAUACCCGUUGAACUGCAGGAUACAUACGAUUGAAAGAGACCGACCGUAUAUAAUGGUAAUCACGCUUGUUCAGAUCUGUAACGCAUGCUUUUGAAGUCGCCAACUCAUUUCGUGUAGAAAGAAUUUCGUUGGAACUAUGGUAACCAUGCGAGGAAUCCAUGUUCGACAACCUGGAGAUCA